CAAUGCUCUCGGCCUGGUGCGUGCAGCCUCACACAGUCACACACACACACAGGGCUGACGUCUGACUGAGCAGGAGUGAAACCUUUGUUCUGACCCUCUGGAAUGGAUCCUGUUUGCAUUACUUGAAUGGGUGACAUCCUAUCAGGAACAUAUGAUGAAUUACUUUGAGAUUGUAAAACCUGAACAUAUUGAAACUGCCAAACAAUAGUUUAUAUCACAGAAACCAUUAUAAGAUAAUUUAGAAUUUGUGGAUCUUGAAUAACAUAUAGUAUGUGCAAAAAGUAAGAGCCUUUAAACAAAAAGACCUAAGUAUACAUUAUCUUAUGAUCCAAAAUGAAUCCUGCGGGAGGAAACAAAAUCACACUAAUAAAGAGGAAUAAAAAUGUUAUUUCCAAAAAAGAUCUAAACCAACACAGGAUUCACAGAGGGCUAAAACCAAUCUCAUGUGGAGUAUGUGGGAAAUGUUUUAAAACCAAGGCAUAUCUCCCAAUCCACAACAGGAUUCACACAGGGGAGAAACCUUACACAUGCUCAGAAUGUGGAAAAAUGUUUACACAAAAAGGCAAACUCCUAGCCCACCAACGCAUUCACACAGGUGUGAAACCUUUUACAUGUAAAGAAUGUGGAAAAAGCUUUUCAGUAAAAGGAACUCUCAAAAACCACAUGAAGAUUCACACAGGGGAGAAACCCUUCAAAUGCUUAAUUUGUGAAAAACGCUUUGCAGGAAAAAUGAAUCUUGUACUCCACAAUAGGAUUCACACAGGGGAGAAACCUUAUACAUGCACAGAAUGUGGAAGAAGCUUUGCACAAAAGGGGAAACUCCUAAACCACCAACUAAUUCACACAGGGGAGAAACCUUUUACAUGUAAAGAUUGUGAUAAAAGCUUCAUACAAAAAGGAGAUCUUGUAAUGCACAGUAGGAUUCACACAGGGGAGAAACCUUUCAGCUGUUCAGAAUGUGAAAAAUGCUUUAGAAGAAAAAAAGACCUUCAAAUCCACCAACAUUUUCAUAUGGGGGUGAAACCUUAUACUUGUAAAGAAUGUUUGAAAAGCUUUACAACAAAAGGAAAUCUUUUAACCCACCAGAGGAUUCACACAGGCGAGAGACCCUUCACAUGUUCAGAAUGUGGAAAAAGCUUUAUGAAAAAAGAGCAUCUUACAAAACACCAAAAGAUUCACACUGGAGAGAAACCUUUCAUAUGUUCAGAAUGUGGAAAAGGUUUUACCACAAAAGGAUAUCUCAGAAGUCACCUACGUAUUCAUACAGGAGAGAAACCAUUUAAAUGUAUAGAUUGUGGUGAAAGCUUUACGCAUCAUGGACAUUUCAUAAUCCACCAGAGGAUUCACACAGGGAAGAAACCUUAUUGUUGUACAGAUUGUGGGAAAAGCUUUAGAAGAAAGGAACAUCUCUCAGUCCACCAGAUGAUUCACACAGGGGAAAAACAUUUUAGUUGUACAGAAUGUGGUAAAAGCUUUUUAAGAAAACACCAUCUCUCAUCCCACCUGAAGAUUCACACAGGGGAACAACCAUUCACCUGCUCAGUGUGUGAAAAAAGAUUUUCACAUAGAGCAAAUUUAGUAAAACACCAGAAGACUCACAUAAGAAAUCUUUGACAUGUAGUUUUAAAAAAAGUAUUAUUUUAAAGGGCCAAUAUACACCAAUUUUUUCUUUGCAUAAAUGUUUUAUAGAUGAUCAAUUUAUAUAGCCCAUCUGGUAGUGUUUUUGUAACAAUGUUUAUUUUUGCUUAUUUUUUAAUAACAUUGAGCUGAUUUUCAGACUCCUACCCAAGCCCCUCAGUGUGUAUAAUCUGUCUUUUCAUAUGCAGGGCUGGGGGGGGAUGUCUGCUAUAAAACUCUUUCCCUGGGUGUUCCUGCUAUCCUAAUUAACAGUGCCAAACUUGGAACUUCUAAGUAAGUUUUUAGAUGAGUGUCUGUGCAUAUUAUUCUUUAUAGUAGUAUGUAUAACAUGCAGUUAUAUGAAAGUUGGUGUAUACUGUCCCUUUAAAGAAUCUGGGAUAUAUUUAACACAUGAUUGUUUCCGUUUAAAUGAUUUAGGAAAGUAGAAACCAAUUCAGAAAUCUGAAAACAUGAAUUAUAUUUUAGAUCUAAUAACCAUCAGAUUACCAUCACUUUAAAGAUUGCAAUCUGAACUAAAGUUUCUUUAUAUUAAAAGCUGCAUUGGAAAGAUUGUUAUAAAUAACUGAGAUUAAUUUAAUCUUUUUUUUUUUUUUUAAAUAUUAAUCAAGUUAUUAAUAAAUCAAACCUUAUAUCCU